AUGUUGGCAAUAAUACUACACUUGUUUUCUCUUCUGGCAUAUCUUAUCAGUGGCCAACCGGUAGUUCACGAUGCUCCAAAGGCAAGAGUAAACCAAUAUCAAGUAAAUGAGUUGCCAGGCUUAGAUAAGAUCAAUUCUAUCCUUCAGCCGCAAAUGUAUGCGGGCCAUCUAACUCUCCACGAAUCUAACCACACCAACUACUUUUUUUGGAAAUUCGAACAAAAAUCGCAAAAUACUGACAACAGUGAUGGUAACAAUAAAUUGGUGAUUUGGCUAAAUGGAGGCCCUGGUUGCUCAUCUAUGGAUGGCGCAUUAAUGGAGGUAGGACCACUCAGAAUUACACCUGAAGGGGAAGUGUAUUUCAAUAAUGGAACUUGGUUGGAGCUGGCAUCAAUGGUAUUUUUAGAUCAACCUGUAGGAACGGGGUUUAGUUAUGGUGAUCAAUAUCAUAAUGAGUUAACGGAUAUUAGUUUCGAUUUUCUAAUUUUCUUGGAGAAAUAUUUCGAAUUAUUUCCAGCUGAUCUUAAGAAGGAACUUUAUAUUGCUGGGGAAAGUUAUGCGGGCCAGUUCAUGCCAUACUUUGCUAAGUAUAUUCUCGAUUACAAUGAAGACCCAUCAACCACUACCAAAUAUAAUUUGAAAGGGAUCCUUAUUGGUAAUGGGUGGAUUUCUGCUAGUUACACUGGUUUAUCGUACAUUCCAUUUGCCUUGGAGUCGGGGAUCAUCACCGGUAAAGAGGAAUUUAUGAGUAGGGUUUAUUCCAAGCAAGAGGCGUGUCAAAAUGGAUUGAAUACUAUUACUAAAGACUCUUCACAGGAAGCAAAAAACACCGUUGACCAUAAAUGUGACGCCAUCCUCACAACUUUAUUGGAUGUUCUUCAUCAGCAUUCGGACACCCUGGAAUGUAUCAACAUGUAUGAUGUUAGAUUGAUGGAUUCCUUCCCAUCAUGUGGAAUGAAUUGGCCACCUGAUAUCAAUUAUCUUUAUCCUUUUUUAUCUGAUGAGCUGAUUCAAAGAGAUUUGAAUUUAAAUGAAGAAUAUUUCGAAAAACAGGCAUCAGAUCCUCAUAAUCCAAAUAAAGGAGGUACAUAUUGGCAAGAAUGUAACACUAGAGUGGGGAUUACCUUGGUCAAUGAAAAAUCUUCUUCUUCCGAAGAAAUUCUACCAGAAGUUUUAAGCAAGUUGCCAGUAUUAUUGUUCAAUGGUGACAAGGAUAUUAUUUGUAAUUACAUUGGUACCGAAAAUUUUAUCCAUGAUUUGACUUGGAAUGGUUAUAGAGGGUUUUCUGAGAGACUGCACUCGGUAGACUGGUAUUAUAAUGAUACUGCUGUUGGUAAAGUAUGGCAUGAAAGAAACUUAACGUACGUUAGGGUUUAUAACAGUAGUCAUAUGGUUCCAUUUGACUUGCCAGAUGUUUCCAGAGGGAUCUUUGAUUUGAUGAUUGACAAUUUUGUCACGGAAACAAAACAACCACCAGCUGCUGGUAAUGAGGAAGAGGUGAUUGUUACUCCAGUUUACAAUGUUUCUUCAUCGACAUAUUAUUACAUGCAUCUUCGAAAUAAAUCGCGAUUGCAAUUCCUUGAAAAUUAUUUCCAUUUCAGAUAUCUCGUUUACCUUGUGACUAUCGGGGUAAUACUAUACGGUCUCUUUUAUUAUAACUCUAAGGGCGUUUCGCAUGAUACUCCGCACUCCAUCUUAUCCAGGAAAAAGCAGCGCGAGGAUACUCUAUCGGCUGCCGCCGUUCUUAAUGGAAUUGGCUUAUCAUCUAGAAGAGUAGGCAAAAAGAAAUCUGUUCAAUGGGCGGACUUACAAUCAAAUGAAGAAGAUACUGCAGGUGACCUUGAACAAAGUGGUAGCGGGGCUGAUACUACCAAUUUCGCUCCAUUUUCUCAGGCUCGCUCGGCAGACUUGGCCAAUGGAAAUAAUGAGUUCGGGGAAGAUUUAGGGUUUAAUCCACAUCCAUCCACUACUAAUGAUAAUAACAAUAAUUCUCAGGAUAAAUUUAACUCAUUUCUCAAUAAAUUUGGCCUCCUGAGGCCCUUCAAGGAUAAUGUGAAAUAUCACAAGGCUAGUAAUUACGAUAUUGAAGAAGAAAUAGAAAUGGUGGAUCAUUUUGAAGGCAUGCCAUCUUCUGAAAGAGAAGCAUUGAGAGGACCAGGAAAUGAUGAAUUCAUGUUGGGUGAAGAUGAUGCGGAUUUCGAAGUUAGCGACGAAGAUGAUUUGGCAUAUGGCGGAAACAGAAAAUGA